AUGGCUUAUUUAACACAACCAGACUAUGUUAAAUACAUUUGUUCAUGUGGACAAUUGAAACCUAUCACAAGCCUAUAUUUCUGCCGCCAUUGUUUGAAGAUACGUUGCGGUUUCUGCAUUUGUCAUGAGGUGGACUCACACUAUUGCGCCAACUGUCUUGAGAACAUGCCAUCCUCAGAGGCCCGACUUAAAAAGAAUCGAUGCAGCAGUUGCUUCGACUGCCCCAGUUGCUUCCACACCCUCUCUACACGAGCCACCAUGGCACAGCCCAGACAAACCCCUCAGGAUCCAGCCGGUGGUGAUACCAAAGUGGAGAGCAAGCAACCGAAGAAAAUGUAUUACUUGUCAUGUUUCAACUGUCGGUGGACGUCAAGGGAUGUUGGGAUUCCAGAUCAACCUGUAGCGUCAGGUGGCUGGCCAGAGCGCACCAACCCUUUCGCAGCGCGCGUAAACCAGUUGCUAGACUACUACAAGGCGAUAGCUCUACAAGAGAAGCAGGAGAAGAUCGAGAGAGAAAGAAAGAAGUUUACCAUUAGAGGCAAAUAUAUUACCCUCACUGACAAGACAGGUCUCACAGGCGCGAUGGCGCGCAACAUAGCUGGGCUACCCUCGAGUGACAGUUCGUGCUCCGCUAUCGCUAACUUCGUGCCGAGCCAGGCGAGUGCUGAAGUAGAGGAGUUGCCUGAGGACUACUAUACCAAGGAGGUCAACUUGAAUCAAAUCACGAGCAUGCCCCAGCGCUUGGCAUCCCCGGAGUGGCAGCCCGUGUCGGUCUCGCGCCUGCACCCGCUCGCCAAGCUGCUGAGCGUCAAGCGCAGCCAGCGCUGCAGGGUCUGCGACCACAACCUCACCAAGCCCGAGUACAACCCUGGCUCUAUCAAGUUCAAGAUUGAACUGCUCGCUUAUUACCACGUUCCCGAAGUGAAGAUCAUAUCUCACGAGCCAGUGAAGGCCGGAGAGAAGACAGCGUUACUGCUGAAGCUAACCAACCCCACUGGGCACGAGAUGCAGAUAAAACUUCUGCAGCCCGAGGAUCUACCUCCGCCAGAAGAAAAGGAAGAGCCUAAGAGUAUUGAGAAGUCGCUGGAGAAAUCCUUAAAUUUAGAAAAGGACACGUCGUCGUACAAGGCGAUCGAGCGCGAGCCGCAGUACUCGGUGACGUCACGCGUGACGUCACCGCCCACGGCGCUGACGCUGGCGCAGCGCGAUGACGCCGCCGAAUACGACGAUGACGCGCAACACGACACUACCGAUUUCAUCCUUUGGCGCAAGUCCAACAAGCUGGCCCUGCGCCUGGAGGUGGAGACCCGCGCCGACGCGGCGAAGGGCUCCCCGGCCGGCGCGGCCCUCGCGCUGCAGUACUCGUACCGCAACACCGUGCCACCCUCCGCUCACUCCACGCCGCUCCGCGACCACACGCUCCACGCCACCGUGCUGCUCCACCUCGGCACCGUCAGCGACAACUAG